ACUAUAAUUAGUGGUCGUAGUAUUAUUGUUGAUAUAAAUAUAGAACGAAUUCUGCAACCCAAACACCACAGGAAUCCAUUUACCUUUCUUUUUUUUAUUUUUCUUUCAUUCAACUUUGGCUCUGCUCCUGGCAUUAUCUUUACUAUCGCCUCCAAACCUCAAUUUCAGUAUCAUGACUGCCAAGAUAAUGUACCUGGGAAUUACAACAAAAAGUUUUGUAGGUUGUAGUGCAACAGAACAGAAAUAAUGCCAACAUUGACUGUACCAGUACAGGUGUCAACAGCAGGGGGCAUUGCAGUCAGUGUUGAUUACAGGCCACCUACAAAUAAAAGAGGUUUUCACCUGGGAACCUUUGGUGAAAAGGGACUUCAUGGAUGCUUGCACUCCUGUUGAAAGCAGAUAAAGGGUAAUUCCAGCUUCACUUAACCCACACGUUUUCCAGGUGCUGUACCCCCACCCUGCACAUCUCACAGUAACAGCAUGGAUGUGAAAGGGCUAAAGGAAUACCUGGCCUGGCUCUACUAUCAGUACCUGCUUGUCACCUGCAGCUAUGUUUUAGAACCAUGGGAACAAUCCAUCUUCAAUACUCUACUAUUCACAAUGGUUACCAUGGUGUUUUACACAGCCUAUGUUUUUAUUCCCAUCCACACAAGCCUGGCACUUGAGUUCUUCUCAGGCGUAUUUGGAGGCCAGCAUGAAAGUACAGUUGCCUUCAUGAGUUGACAUUGGAACACUUUAAAAGGCAUACAAAAUAGACAUGUAUGCUGCUGAUGAAAUAUUACCAAUGUUGAGAAAUGGUAUUUGCUUGCAGAGAAUGACUCACCUGCCAGAUUUCCUUGUUGAAAUUGUGCAACUGUACAAUAGUAUCGGGGCAUGUUAAUUUCUAUUCUGUACCUCGGGCAUGACUGUGCUUUCCGUCUCAGUUUGUGAAAUAUUUAGGAUCUGAAUCAGUCUGUGAUGCAGACAUACCCUCUUAACUUUCUUUGGUCACUGUACUGUUGGUGUUUCUCUUCAGUCUGUAAAGAAAUGCAUACAGCGUUUGGUGAAAUGAAAUUCAACCCAUAGAAUAGUUUGACUACCUGCAGAGUCAAGUUUGAAGUACUUACGCCUUAUAUACUUGUACUCCUGGGUUUGCGGUCAUGAAGAAUGUUGAAAAACCACUCAUAGGUAUGCAAAUUACUCUUUUUUAUAUAAAAUCCACCCACUCUUUAGAGCAGAGAAACAGACAAACUCAAUGCCUCAAUAUUCAUGGUAAAUAAAUACAUAUUUACACUUCUGUCUGUGCUAGACCAUAGUGAUUUGUUUGGUCAGUAAACAAUCAGCCUUACUCAGCUACACUCAAUAUUUAAUCUGCCCAGCAGGGAUUAUGAAGCAACCGAAAUGAAAUGCUUUGCCUACAAUUGGAUGCCUAAUCCCUCUGAAAGCAAACUGUGAAGAAUAAAAGAAAUGAAAAUAAAAAGAUGCCUUACACCGUAGUGCUGGAAUGUCCAUUAUUGAACUUUGAAAAAUCUUUAAAUACAAUAAAAGUUGAUUGUGAGUGUGUAUUGGGCUUUAAUGCAGGUGCCUCUUGUCAUGCUUUGUAUAUCACUAUGGGCAUAUAUUCUUAACCAGGUAAUUACUGUCACUUGCCAGUCAGCAGAAACAGAAUUUGAAAUGUUCAGUUUCCCAUGUAGUGUGGUGAAAUGGCAGGCAGUCAAGGCUGGUGAGCGGCAGGAAUAGCAAACACACAGAAGCACAGUAACUAGUUCAGCACCUUGGCACACUUGUUUUCACAAAAAUAGGCCACUGGCCCUUUAAGAAAACAAACAAAAACCUAGCUCCACCAAGGAGUCCCAACUUAACUUUUCAGUUGGUCUGACUAAACACCAGACAGCUAAGCCAUUUACCAGUAACACAAAACAGUUGUAACACAAUACCUUUACGUCCAGGUCUAGGCUUUUUAUAUUUUAAGUGUAAAAUUGAAAGUAAAACCUGCCCGGUCUGAUUAACAGAAUUAUUGAAUAUGUUUAAGGGUAUGUAUAUAGCAUCCGUCCUGGUGUAACUUGACUGUUGAAUGAAUGUGCCACCUACAGUUUGUUUUUAGCACAAGUCAACUUCACAGGAUCUUUUAAAUGUGAAAAACAACUGUACUCUACAUUUUGCCUUAGAUGAGUUCUCUGGGUACUGUAAAUGUUUUAAGAAUCUGUCAUUGGACCCUUUUUUCAGAACAUGUCUAAAAGUGAUAAAAAGUAAGAUGCAAUUUCCCUAACACCUGUGAUGAUUUUAAAAUUCACUAUUUGGAAAAGGCUGUCAUAAAAGAUAAGGGGCUGUAUUUACAAAGUGUUUCCUCCAUUCUUUAAUUAACUCUUGUUUUUUGAAAGAGCUGAUAAAACAACAAAGUGAUAUAUUUCAAGUUCUCUUAAGCACUCUCAAGUUGAUUUGUUUUUCAUUAUGUAACAUUAACAUGAUUUAUUCUCCUUUCAAAAAAUAGGAGUUAAUUAAAGAAUGGAGGAAACGCUUUGAAAAUAUGGCCCAAGCAGUCUUAUCAGUAACGACUUUGGUCAGAGGUGGCAAGUCAAGGGAGGAUCUCCAAUCUGUUGCAUGACCAGCAGGUGAGAGGGAUGCUCUGCAGAUGAUCAUGGUCAUGAUUUUUAUGUUCCUCAACAAUGCAGAACAGCGGUACCCUUUAAAAUUUGUGAGUUCAUUGGGGGUUCGGAAGGUUAUUUUUGGUUGACAUUGUGUUGCUUUCUGAUUAUGCAUGUAAUCGCUGUGAAACUUCAUCUGUAUGCUUAUUCUUUAUGCUGUCAAAUGUUUUAAUGUACAGUUAUAUUAUUGCUCUUCCUUGCCGUAGUGCAUGUGUUAAAUAAUAAAUAUAUGGCGAU